AUGCGUUUCUCCACACUCACUUCGGCUGCGGCCUUUUUCCAACUAAGCAUAGCUGGCUAUGUUCUAGAGGAUGACUACAUGACGGACUUUUACGGGGCCUUUGACUUCUUUACCGGACCCGACCCGACUGAAGGUUUUGUACAGUAUGUCGAUGAAGCUACGGCAAGACAGACAAACCUUAUCAAUUCGUCUACUUCGGCCAUCUCGUGGGGUGUAGACACACAGAACCAGACACCAGAGGGAAGGCCCAGUAUCCGUAUUGAGAGCAAGAAGACAUACGAUAGUGGGCUGAUUGUGGUGGAUGUCGCCCACAUGCCUUUUGGCUGUGGUACAUGGCCAGCCUUCUGGACCACCGGUCCUAACUGGCCAAAGAACGGCGAGAUUGACAUUAUCGAAGGCGUGAACGACCAGACGAACAACGGCAUGACCCUCCACACAGGCCCAGGCUGCCAGAUUGGCGAUGACACCACCCAGUUUGCGGGUUCGGUAACCACAGGAAACUGCGAUGUUGCUGCCGAAGACCAGUCGAAGAAUGCGGGAUGCUCCAUCGAAGACCCAUCAACCAAGAGCUACGGUGCAGGCUUGAACGCUAAUGGUGGAGGUGUAUACGCCACCCAAUGGACCGCUGAAGCUAUCAGCAUUUACUUCUUCCCACGCGACUCUAUCCCGGAAGACGUUCUCGGUGACAGCCCAGACCCCAGUGGCUGGGGCAAGCCAGCCGCCAAGUUCGCCGGUGCUUGCGAUAUUGAAAACACGUUCAAGCAACAGCAGAUCGUUUUCGACACUACGUUCUGUGGACAAUGGGCGGGUAGCAGCAGUGUUUGGAACGCCAAGAACAGUUCUUGCAGCAAGAAGGCAUCGACAUGCGAGGAAUGGGUACGGGACAACCCAGAGGCUUUUGCCGAGGCAUACUGGACCAUCAACUCGCUGAAGGUGUACCAAGACAACGGUGGCUACGGCGCCGCCCCUCAGCCCUCCUCAGUGCCCGAGCAGAGCAGUGCUGCUUAUGCUCCUCAAUCUUCUUCAGUAUCCGAGCAGAGCAGCGCCGCAUACGCCCCUGUGCCAGUUCCAUCGGAGACGCCAAUUGUGUCUUCUGGCCUUCCUGUAGAAUCCGGAUACCCUGCAGUCCCGACUUCGCUCAUCACCCCUUCGGUGUCCGGUAUCUUCGCGCCAAUCCCGACAAGCGAGACACUUUCGGUGGCUCCCUCCGCGUCGCCCAGUGCCCCAGUCGCGUCGCCUCCUGCCGACGAUGCUUCUCCUAGCAUCCCCGCCGAAUCUCCAAGCCCAAUCGUCGCGCCGACCACACAGGUCAACGCACCAGCUCCAGCACCGACAAACAAUGGUCCCAUGUCCGGCUUCCAGUGGCCCAAAGCUGGAGCUGGUAGCGGCAAUGAACCUUCCAACGAGACAUCGCCCUCGACAACACCUGCCGCGUCGCUUCCUGAGGGCACUAACACUCCAAUCCAAAACUCUAGUGGCGCAGCAGCCGCUCCCAGUACAGCACAAAGCAUCGCUCAACCUUCCAAUGUACCUGCUGUAUCUCAAGCACCCGCCGUGCCUGCAGUGCCUGCUCCAGCGCCUACCGACGCUGUCAAGGCCCCUCCAGCGGACCCUGCCGCUCCCACUGUCACAGACACUGUUCAAGCCGUACGCACAGUUUAUGAGACAGUGUAUGCUACCGUCACUGCCGAUACUCCAGCCGAGACGCCAGCGCCUGCUGGCGCUGCCAGAAGUGCACGCAUGGCAAGACAUAUCAGGGAGCACAGGCAGAGGCUCACGAGACACCACGCAAGGCACUGA